GCUCACGUCUAAUUGACAUUUGCUCUGACUUGUUUUCUUUUCAGGAUUUUUUAUCGUCAGAAUUUCAGAACCAUAAAAUAAUAUUACACAUUAAAUCAAAUAUUUGAAUUCAAGAUGAUGGCUGGAAAAGUUAUGGCGGAAACAGAGGAACAGAGCAGGAUAAGAUUUCAAGUAGAAUUGGAGUUCGUACAGUGUUUGGCAAAUCCGAAUUACAUACAUUUUUUAGCACAAAGAGGGUAUAUGAAAGAGCAAACAUUUGUAAACUAUUUACGGUACUUGCAGUACUGGCGGGAGCCUGAAUAUGCUCGCUAUCUCAAGUAUCCAAUGUGUCUGCAUUUUCUAGAACUAUUGCAACAUGAGGCCUUUAGAAGAGAAUGUGUGUCAGCUCAGGUUUGCAAGUUCAUGGAUGAUCAAGCAAUAUUACUCUGGCAACAUUAUACACGGCGGCGGACACGAACACUGCAGCCACCAGAUGCUCCAGCACCGCCAGCGCCCCCUGCAGCCCCACAACCACCAAGACAACAAUCAUGAUAAAAAAUACCAUUAUCACAACGAUAGCGGAUCAAAACAAAAGUAAGAUAAUUCAAGAAGGAACCUACAGUUAUCCUAUGUCUAAGAGAAAAUUCAUAUAAGCAAAGAAAAGAUGAAAAAGAGUAAAAGUUGUGUGAUCGUUGACGUGGAACUUUCAAUUUUUUUUUAUUACCAUAAGGUGACCUAUGAAAAAGCGGCCACCUGAAUCAGCCAAACUGGCGAAACGACCGCUAUAGACAUUCGCAAUAGCAAAUGCGUUGCCUAACCUGAAUCGACGAAGGAGGAGAC